AUGGCACGACUGAGCACGCAGCCUGAGACUGUCAAGGCCGUGCCCCUCCGCUCGGGCUUCUACGCCCUCCCGCUCAACAAUGGCAAGACACACCUCUUCGCUCGCUUGCACCACGCCACGGCUCACGAGGGACAGGAGGACGGAGCCGACACGACCAAGCAGCUGUUUGUGACGGGGUUGCCGCUCGGAGUGAGCGAGAAGGGGCUCAAGGUGGCGCUGGCAAAGGUCUGGGGCGACUCGUGCAAGGUCAAGGAGGUGCGGGUGCUGCCUGCGGCGUCUACGAGGGGCUACACGACGUUGUACGAGAAGGAAGUUGCGGCUGCGCAGGCGGCGGAAGGGGCGGGAGCGCCCGAAGUCGCGCCGCUGUUCGAUCCGUCUGAAGCCUCGACAUCGACUGCGAUUCCUCCGCCUCACUCUGCAAUCGUCACCUUCUCCUCGACACCUUCUCUCCCUCCACCUGCAUAUCCUCCGACUACCGCUCUCACCCUCCCUGCCGCUCCCUCGCUUCUCUCCGCCUCUGCCGCACGACACGCCCGCGCCCGCCCUCAUCGCAGCGUCGUGAUCGCCCACGUCGACGAAUGGAUGCGCGCCUACGACGCACGCAAAGCUGCUGCUGCGCCGGCGUCAUACGACCCUGAAGCGGCACGUGCAGCGGCGGAGGAAGCGAAGGGCAAGAAGGCGAAGAAGGGGAAGAAGGGCAAGGCGGUUGAUGUCGGACCGCUGCCGGGCUCGGCGGCCGAGGCGCUCGCCAAGUACCAGGCUGAGAUGGCGCGGAAGAACGACGUGGCGUUCAACCCGGAUGCGGAGGACGACGGCGAGUGGCACACGGUCUCGCGCGGAGGCAAGCACGGCAAGAGCUUGCUGCCGACCGACGUCGUGCCGACCUUGACGGGGUACGGAGGCGUCAACGUCAAGGUUGCUGGGAAGAAGCGCGGCAAGGCUGCGGCGGAGGAGCCGGCGAGGAUGGAUGCGGGCGUGAAGAAGAUUGUCGGCGACGGUUUCUACUCGUUCAACCGCGCCGAGGGGCGCAAGCGGGACCUCGCCAAUCUCAAGUCGCGAUUCGAGGAGGACAAGCGGCGGCUGGACAGGCUUCGGGCAGGCGGUGCGGGCAAGCAGCGGGGUGGCUCUGCGGGAUCGAAGGGUCGAUUCAAGCCGUACUGA